AUGAUUUCCAUUGACGAGAGUGGGGAGACUGUCGAGAAUGCAUUGAAAGGCUUUGCCGAACGUCUAGCGAGUAAAGGGCGUCAUUUUGGUUUCAUACUUCAAGAAGGAGCAAAUGUACCGUUGACAGAAACAACGUUUGGUCCAGCUCCGCUGGGUUCGCCAGUGGUGUACCAGCAGUCCGACAAGCCAGCACGUCGAGAAGUGUGGCGGUCACAGAACAUUAGAGCAGCAACAGCUGGAAGUGCCGUGCCAACAGAGGUCACAUUGUUUGCGGACACUGUUACCCCAUACAGAGUGCCAGCACUUCUAGACAAACACCAGGCAGAUAUAUUGAAGGACAUCAUUCUCACAAAGGAAGAGGCUACAUGUCUCGAAAGAAACACACGUCAGCAGGCUAACAGUCACGCCUGGCAUUCUGCAAGACGGUGGCGCCUUACUGCGUCAAAAUUUGGCCAGGUUUUACACCGUAGCGAGUGGACAGAGAAGGGCCUGACUAACUUAACUGCGCAACGUGAUCUGUGCAGGGUGCGGGCUGUGGCGUAUGGAAGGGAAAAUGAGGACAUUGCAGCACAGUCUUAUGCGGAUCUCAUGAGACGGGUUGGGCAUGAUAUAGUGCUGUCUCCAGCAGGCAUCAUUGUUGACCCAGGCUGUCCUUGGCUCGGAGCCUCACCAGACAGAUUUGUGUACGACCCAACUGAGCUCACACCACAUGGUGUGCUUGAAAUCAAGUGCCCCUAUUCACUUCGAGACAGUGAGCCCUCUUUGGCCAAGGACAAGAUACCAUACUUGUGCUUCAAUGAGCAUGGACACCCAAAGUUAAAAAGGGAUCACAAGUACUAUUUCCAAAUACUGGGACAAAUGGGUUUGACUGGUUGUGAGUGGGGAGACUUUGUUGUUUGUUCGGAAAGGCGGGUAGCGGUCGAGAGAAUCUACUUUGAUUUGGGACGCUGGAAAGAUGUUUAGGAAUCACUAGGGACCUUCUACUUCAAUGUUAUGCUUCCUCACUUGGCAUCACAAGCGCAAAGAAAAGAACAGGCCACACAGUCUGUUUAAUGUUUGUGUUUUGUUCUACGUACUGAAUAUAUUGUAUAUGCUGGAGGAGGUUUGCCAGUGAUAGGUUUUACAACAACAAAAUCUAUACAGUUCGUGCAAUUUUUGCUAGAUGGUUACAGCUAAAAUGUUUGCACUGUGAUAUUUUUUGGUAGUACUUUUAGGUGUUUAUUAUUUAUUUAUUUAGUGUGUCCUCUGUGUAAUUUUAAAUGUUCUUCUUCUUCUGUCAGUUUCGUUGGUGAUAUUUUAAAUGUUUGUUGCAUGGACCAGUUCAUCUCCUUUUCUUUGAUGGAGUUUUCAGAGACGUAACAGCUAAUUUGAUACCUGUUCUUUACAUUUUUAUCAUUUAGAAUAUCUCUUGCAAUAUUUCCAGCUGUGACAGCUGUUUUCUAAUGAAAAAAAAAACAGCAUAAUGGAGCUGGGUGAUUAUUUGUUAGGGAUUUCUUACUUCCUUGUUAAUCGUGUGUCAUCAGUGUGUCAUUCGAGCACAACAUCUUGUGAUAUCUUAUACAGUAUGGGACACAUGUUCAUCAUUGUCUGUGAUAUAUUACCAUGAUGUUAUGUCAUAAAUACAGUUCAGAUUUACAUGCAGCUCAAAAAAGGAAUACAUCAGGUCAGGUGCCUUCGAUAUUUCGAAGAGAUACUGUUUUUCAACUGUGAACUGCCCUCAUCAUUGUCACUGUACUUAAAGCAUUGGCAGAUUAUGUGCUAAGGAAGUGUUAACAUAGAGUCCCCCAACCCUUUAAAUACAAUGUCAAUGAUAGGAAAAGCACCCAUUAGAAGAAGAGUAUCUGCUUGGAAUAUAGUCAGUUCCCAACCCGAGGCUUUUGCUCCAACCUAGUUGGCUGCAUUGCUGGAAUGAAGCAAUAUCCUAUAAAAUGCACAUAUGUGCAAUGUUGUGUCGGCAAAAUACCUUUAUUUCUGCCUGGCUUUUGGUAUUUCUCUUCAUGCAAGUUUUAUACAUGGCUACUUUAGAAUGAGAUGCACAAUGUGUUUCCUCUAUGCAGAUGGUGUUGGGUCUGUACAUUGUUACCAUAUAACCUACAAUUCUCCUUCUGGUAUUUUCACCACGUUACCACGAGCAGUGAGGUAGAGUAUCACUCAUUGAGGUCAACACAAAAGUGUGUAAAAUGCAAAUAUCUCAGUUUAUUUAUCACAGAAGUACGCUGAUGCAAAUUUAAUGCACUGUCAAUCAUGUCCAGAUCCUGUAUAGCACAAGUACAUAAAAAUUGGUGGCUUUACGUCGCAACACAACU